ACACGGACGAGACCACUCUCAAGACUCCCCGUUCACCCACCAGGAAAGACUGUUCUUGACUGAGCGAGGAGUUGCCGCUCUCUGUGACAUCCCCAGGAAGGACGAAAGCACCAUGAGUUCUGAGGAGAUGGUCUAUGACAUGUCAGGAGCGCGGCUGGCCCUCACUCUGUGCAUCACCAAAGGCCGAGAGGGAGCAGAGCCAGACACUGCGGCACUGGAGAGGAUGUAUCGGGCCCUGAGGUUUGAGAGCACUGUGAAGCGGGACCCACCUGCUCAGGUACCCUCUCACCUGCCCAACCCUGUGGACCAGAAGGACACAGGCGAGAUGUUGAGGACAGAGCAGGUCCUGACCACCAUGUUUCAGGAGCUUCCAAAGAUCCCAACUUUCACGGACACCCUGCAUGUCUACUCCACUGUGGAAGAUAAGGGGUACAUCACUUACCGGAACGUUAAGGAAGGCUCCUGUUUCAUCCAGACUCUGGUGGACGUCUUCAUCACGGGGAAAAGUAAUAUUCUGGACCUCCUGACUGAGGUGACCAGGUGGAUGGCAGAGGCUGAGCUGGUCUGGGAAGGCCAGGUGAGGAAGGUCAACCCGGAAAUCUACAGCACCCUGAGGAAGCAGCUGUACCUGCAGUAGAGGCAU